UGAUGACGUUUCAGGAAUGGCGGCGCUGCUGAGCGGAGGAGCCCGAAACUUUACUAACAAACACAUCAGCGCAUUUUUAACAAAACUCGACAUUUCCGCAGACGCCUCGCUCCGUCGCUGAAUAGAGAAGGCCCUCGAAAAGACAGGCAGGGUGAUAUUACUGCGCCGGAAGGGGAAAAUAAAACAAUAAUAAUAAAUAAAAUCACAGCGUCAGCGAAUUCAGGAGUUUGAUUAGCUGUUAGCCUCUCGCUAGCCUGCUGCUAAUAAGCUAACGUUAGAGACUCAGCAGCGUAACAGUCGCUAACAGUGACAGAAAAGCGAAAACAGUCUGUCUUUGGUGUCCGUACAUUUCACGGGUGGGGAUUUGGAGUGCGCUGAGUAAGUGAAGGAGCGGGAUUCGUCUUUGGUUGGGUGUUUUGGUAGCUGUCUGGUUGAGCUAAUCUAGGCUAAGCUGAGUUCAGUGACACUGCAGCAGCAGCAGCAGCCCGGUCCGGUCCGGCUCGUCGUUUUGUAGUUCAGCCAGCUGUAUGCUACGAUGGAGAGUCUGACGUUGAGCGAUGUCGAGCAGAAAUAUUAUUCGGAUCUGUUUAUCUACUGCGAUGUGGACAACACCAAGAAAGUGGCGUCCAACGGCAAAGUGCUCGACCUUUUCCGGGCGGCCCAGCUGUCCAACGACGUGGUGCUGCAGAUUACUGAACUCUGUGGUGCCACCCGGCUUGGCCACUUUGGUCGGAGUCAGUUCUACAUUGCGUUGAAACUCAUUGCAAUAGCCCAGUCUGGACUGCCCCUUCGUGUAGAGAGCCUAAACAGCGUGAAAGACUUGCCCCUCCCGCGCUUUGUGAUGGGCAAGAAUGAACAGGAGGCCAGGCACACGGCCAUGUAUCCGGACACGGAGAACCAGGGGCCAUACUCUAGUGUGAUCCCCAGGCCCCCUGGCAGAGUCCAGCCCAAAAAAGUGUCCGCUCAUGAGGUCAUCCAGCCCUGUGUGCCCACCGUCGAUCCUCAGCCAGACACCACGUCUCCUGUAGUCUCCCCUCAUCAGUCCCCGCCCACCUCACCCCACGCAUGGAGAAAGCACAAGCGGCAGGCCAGCGGCGGUGCUGUGGAACGACAGCCUGCAGUGGCAGGAGCCGUGUGGCCACCUUUUAGAGAAGCACAAUCAGGUCCGGUGACAGGUGAUGGGCUUUGGUCUGCACACUCUCCUCCUCCGGUUCAGGAAAGCUGGGUCAGUUUUACUGACACUCCUCCCUCCAGCACACUUCCAGCAAUGCAUCCCUCUUCUGCUCAGGAGAGCACAACAGUACGAACAGUGGCAUCAGCUGCUACUACAAAUGAAAUCCAAAGACAGGCCAGUGGCUAUGAUGACCCCUGGAAAAUCACAGAAGAGCAAAGACAGUAUUACAUUAAUCAGUUCAAAACUAUUCAGCCUGAUCUGACAGGUUUUAUUCCUGGCUCUGCUGCAAAGGAGUUUUUUACUAAGUCAAAGCUGCCUAUUCUAGAAUUGUCUCACAUUUGGGAGCUAUCAGAUUUUGAUAAAGACGGUGCACUGACCCUGGAUGAGUUCUGUGCAGCAUUUCAUCUUGUGGUUGCUAGAAAGAAUGGUUAUGACCUUCCUGAGAAGCUCCCAGAGAGCCUCAUGCCAAAGCUCAUUGACCUGGAUGACUCAGCAGGAGUCCCAGAGCCUGCACCUGAGGUGGGCUUCUCUGGUUCCCCAGUGGAGGUGACCCCUAAUAAAUCCCCCUCCAUGCCUUCCCUGAACCAGAACUGGCCUGAACUCAACCAGAGCAAUGAGCAGUGGGAGACUUUUAGCGAACGCUCCUCAAGCUCACAAACUCUGACCCAAUUUGAUUCUAACAUUGCACCAGCUGACCCUGAUACAGCAAUAGUUCAUCCUGUGCCCAUCCGUAUGACUCCUAGCAAGAUUCACAUGCAGGAAAUGGAGCUGAAGAGAACUGGGAGUGACCAUGCACAUCCAACAAGUCCAUUAAUGCCUAAACCACCUGAACUCUCAGAGGAGAAAAAACUAGCAGCAACUAUUAAAUUUCCCGGGACCACUGUAGGUGAUGGUUACAGCAGCUCUGAUUCCUUUGCAUCUGAUCAAGAGCCUAUUCCCAGUGCUGUAACUAGACAAAGGUCUCACUCUGGGACGUCUCCUGAAGGACUGAAAGCUGUGGCUCCGCCACCACCCCCUCCACGCCCCCACGCUUCACACUCACGUUCCUCCUCUUUAGACAUGAACAGAAACUUUACCACUGUCCCUGCAGGAGCCCAGCAGCAGGCCGGAGUUGUGGCCUUUCCCCCUGCCGUGCCUCCUCGGCCACUGGCCACACAGACAUCAGUGCCGCAUGGGCAUCGUUCUGUAGAUGGAGAUGGUCUUCCGGCUCAUGCCAGCACUUCACCCCAGCAGAUGCCAGAGCAGCCCAAUUUUGCAGACUUCAGUCAGUUCCAGGCCUUUGCUGUGGAGCAGCCUGCAGAUGAUGGGGAGAAACAGCAGGAGAGUGUGCAGGUUGAGAAAUGUGCAGACGCUACUGGGACUAUGAGAGUAGUGAAGAGUGAAGCUCAGCCAGAGGAGCGAACUGCAGCCACUGUGAACUCUGCCAAAGGAUCCACUCCCCUUGCUCCUCCUCCUAAACCUGUACGGCGGAGGCUAAAGUCAGAGGAUGAGCUCAGGCCUGACAUAGAGGACCACCCUCAGAAGUCCGGUGUGGUUGCCUCUGUCCUAGCAACUCAACCUUCAAUUCCACGGUCUGUUGGGAAGGAUAAGAAGGCUAUCCAAGCUUCCAUUAGAAGAAACAAAGAGACAAACACGGUUUUGGCCAGACUCAACAGUGAAUUACAGCAGCAGUUAAAGGACUUGCUCGAGGAGAGAAUAUCUUUGGAAGUUCAACUGGAACAGCUGAGACCGUUUUCUCAUUUGUAACCACAUGAAGGAAGAGCCGUUGAAGUGAUCGGAAAAGGUCCAGCGGAUCCUCCAGGAGGACGCACAUUUCAGCCCUGUAUCCCCUCCUCCUGCGCCUGUUGCUCUCCCUCUGCCUGCGUGAGGAGGGAAUCUGCUGCUUCCUUCCACAUCGCUCUCAUGCAUCCCAUCCUGACCUCAGAGAGGGGAUGUUCUGAGAGAUAGGGGUAGGAACAUAAUAGAUUUUGGCACUUUGACGAAACAGAGUGUGAGUUGUUGUAAACGUCAGUCCUCUACUGCAAGUCUUCAGCACGGGGUCAGCCACUGCUCUAAUGGGGCAUAGGGGGCACUGUUCAAAAGCCCCUCACCUGCUUACAAUAAGGAUGUUGAGGACAUGGUAAUGCUCCAGCAGAUGCAGUGGCACCCCAGUGAGGUUCAGUAAUCACUUAGUGUGCUGGUGGGCGGAGUGGAGGACCGAUUUUGGGGAGAUCAUGCUCUGUUUCAGAAGUACGUUAAUGAAUGAAUUGUGCUAGGCACUCAUUCAUGUUUCUUGUAACCUCUCUAACAUGCCAGCGGAGGACACAUCUAUGCGUGUUUUUGUGUGUAUGCGUGUGUGCGUGAGCAACGGUUACAAAUAUAUGGCAUAAUGCAUCAAAGACUGCUCUAUUUUCUUCUUUUAACAUCUGUGGUAUAAUGAAAUGAGUUUUUCUACCCUGUACAGUCAUUGACCCAGUAUAACAGAAUUUUUGUGGCCCCCUUACACUCAUAAGAAAAUGUUGCCUGUACUGUGCCUCACAUGGUGCACAAUCUGAGUGAGUCAUGCUUCAGAAUCAAGCUUUCCUGUGACAUCAGCUAUAAAUGUGAAACCUGAAAUGUAACGCGACUGCACUUUCUUACCCUCGGCUGUCCUUUGUUGGUCUGUUCUUUUUUUUUCCCCACCCUGUAACACUAUUUUUUGCAUGUUGUUCGUGUUCUUAUUUGAUAUAAAACAGCUCUUAAAAUUGAACCACUUGAUUUGUAUAUGUACUAUCUUAACUAGUAUGACUUUUACGUUGUUAUUUGGACUCGUCUCGUUCAUUUGUUAGGUGUU